UUUGAAUCUCUACUUCACUAAACCCUGUUCCCAAAAACAAACAACCUCAUCUUGUUUCUCUGCUAACUUUUAGUUCCCAAUGGUAACCCUUUCGCUUCUGCAUAAUCUAAACCUCCCUCUUCUCUUCAACCCUCCCACACUCCAAAACCCUAUCUCCUCAAUCUCUCUCAAGCCUUCACAACCCCGCUGUUCACAUUCCGCCACUGUUCCCGCUCCUUCUCCGCCACCUCCGAUUCGCAUCUCACGCGGCCCAAAAAUCGAAGCAAAGCAUGCCCUACGUGAUUACCUUGUCAACACUCGAGGUUACAGUUUCAUAGAUGCAGAUUUUAUCUCCAAAAACUCUCCACAUUUCAUUGAUGAACUCAUCUCCAGAGUCAGAGUCAACAACAGACACGAUGCUUUUGAUUUUCCUCGGGCUCUCAGAAGGAUGUGGAAGAUUUAUAGAGAUGCAAGAGAGGUUUUUGGGUAUGGGAGUGGCGUUUUGUCGAAGAAAUUUGAGAGUUAUGAGAAUUUGGGGUUGAGUAAAUCUUCUGUUGUGAAGCUGUUUGUUUGUCGUCCAUUGCUUUUAGUUGGCGACGAGGUUGAUCCUCAAUUUGUUGUUGUUCUUGAUCGGUUGAAGAGAAUUGGGAUUGAUAUCGGAUGGUUUGUCAAUUGUAUGUUGCCCUCGAGAACAUAUAGAUGGAAAGCGAUUAUUGAUAAUAUAGAGUUUUUUCGUCAAGGGGGAUAUUCUGAGAAAGAAAUGUAUGAUUUGUUUACGGCGGAUCCUAAAUUGUUGUUGGAUGGUUUAGGAAAGAGGACAUAUUUGGUUGUAGGUCAGUUGAUUAAGUCCGGUCUUGACGUGGAUGAGAUUUGUUCUUGUUUCAGAGAGCAUCCUGAUGUGUUGUCAAGUCCGCGUAUGACAAAUUUGAUGUUUGUGAUUUCUUUUAUGUAUAAUGUUCGAAUGGACCAAGAUGCUAUUGCUCAUGUUUUGUAUAACUACAUGCAUGAACUUAGCAAACUUUCGAUAAAAGGUUAUACAACUAUGUCUAAAGAGUUGGGAGUUCGAGAAGGUGAUUUAUGUGAAAUGAUCCAGGAUGAUCCGUUAGAAUUUUUUAGUUUGGCUUUAAAACCGAAGCAAAAGAAAGAUAUAAAUAAAUUCAGAUAUGACCCGCAUAAUUAUUUGGAGAAAACAAGUUUCUUGCAGAAGCUAGGAUAUAAUGAUAACUCUGAGGAGAUGGAAAUAGCUAUGAAGAGGUUUGAAGGGAAAGGUGAUAAGUUACAAGAGAGAUUUGAUUGUCUGGUUGAAGCUGGUUUGGAAUAUAACACUGUAGUUGGAAUGGUAAAGCGAAUUCCUGGUAUUCUAAGCAUUGAGAAAACUCUAUUGCAAAAGAAGAUUGAUUUCUUAAAAAACACUUUAGGUUACCCGAUAGAAUCUCUCGUGGGAUAUCGAUAUCCAUCGUAUUUUACCAAUAACUUGGACCAAAUGUAUGCAAGAUUUGCAAUGUAUGAGUGGUUGAAGAGGAGGACUGAUAUAAAUCCCGAGCUAUCCCUCGCUACCAUAUUUGCAUCUCCUGAGAAACGGUUUCUAAAAAUCUUUGUGAAUAAGCAUCCUGAAGGUCCAACGACUUGGCAAGCUAUAAACAGUUUAUCUGACAAAUUUAAGAAUUAACCGCACCUUAUAAGUUUAGUUGAGAUGUAAAUACAGGCUUGGCUAAACCUUGCACUUACUUUGGUUUCAUUUUGGUUUUGUUUAAGGAUUAUUUUCAAUUCAGCUAAAUGAGAUUCAAUCAAGCACUUAUCGUCACUUAGUUUUCUGAAUGAAGAAAUAAUCUUAGUCUAUGUUGUCAAUAGCGCAUUAUAGCCGAAUAAUGUAGCGGUAGUAGGGUUAAGUGCGAAGCAAUGGGGUUGUGAGCCGCUGUCACCAACUGUGUUUGUUGAGGCCCAACCUGCUGUCUCUUUGUUAUUAUGGUUUUGGAGCAAAUUUUCUCAAAUCCCUUUUUUCAGAACCCUUGUAUUUUUUUUGGGAUAAAUGUCAAUUCACACCCCAUUUAAGGGUAAAAUUAUGUUCUUCAUUCUAUUAUAUUCAUACUCAAACAAUUGUUUUGUUAUUCUUAUUUUUAAUUCAAUCCUGUUAUGUCUUUUUUCUCUCUA